CGGGGCUCAAACAAAGAGGACAUUGGUCCCACUGUCCUGAUGUAUAUGGCCACACAGAUUGCUUCAGCUAUGGCUUACCUGGAGGCCAGGAGUUUUAUCCACAGGCAAGUCGGGGCUUAAUAGGUGUACAUGGAACUAAAACUGCAGCGGCCCAUUAUAUAUAUUUAUAUGUAUUGUUCGUCAGUUAAAAAUCUAAAAUGUACCGUGAUAACUUUAAUCAUCGUACAUGCUAAUUGUGAAGUUGGCUGUGCGAUGAGACCGAUUCUGGCAUGAAAUGUCCCUGUGCAGUAAGUGCGGGGGAUUGGUGGGACUUCUCGUGGUGCAUAGUUAACACUAUUAGAGACAAUUUAGUCAAUGCCAUUCUGCACUUGCCAGAAAGAAGCUGAUUUUAAAAUUAGAAGGUCUGUAGAUAUUGUAACUGAUAGAUUAUUUUAGAACAAUUUAUUUGAUCUAUUUAUGGACAGUGCAGAGUAGGAACAUUAUAAUAACAUUGACCCAUCAAUAGGUUAUUUUAUUAUAGACGUCCCAUACUAAAAGCCAAAUAAACUUUUUGUUUUCUUGCCAGACAACUAUAUUUGUUUGUAUCAUACAGGGACUUGGCUGCGAGGAACUGUUUAGUAGGAGAGGCCAAUCUGGUCAAAGUGGCAGAUUUUGGCCUUGCUCGUCUCAUGAAAGAUGACACAUACACUGCCCACGCAGGGGCCAAGUUUCCUAUCAAAUGGACGGCGCCUGAAGGAUUAGCCUACAACAGAUUCUCAACAAAGUCCGAUGUUUGGGGUAAAAUAAAAUCUCAUUUUGACUUCCUCAAAACUGUAGGGGUUUCGCCAAAAGGUUUGCACAAAGUUCUGUGCUUGAGAACAACAAUGAAAAUAGUGAAUUUGAUAUGUUAUGUCAAAUAUAAAAUGAAAUCUGGGGGACUUUAGUCAAUGAACCUAUAGCCAUCACAGGAGUAGAGGAUCAGUCCAGUGUUUUACUUCAGUUUCAAUCGACAGGUCACCUGUGCAGUACUGUACAGACUUGUUAAAACCAUGAAACUUUCAAUAUUGGAUUCCAUCUUUAUGUAACAUUGGUUACAGUCCUGUAUCUCUUGAGACCACAAUCUAGACUCCCCCACUACAUACGUGUUCAUCCACUAAACAUGUCCAAGUUAUGAUUUAAGUAUUGAAUCAUGUCCAUGCUAUCAAAUUUUUUUUAAUAAAUAGUCUUCCUGAUGACUCCGGUUAUUAAUUCCAGCAUUUGAUAGAUUUUUUUUCAUUUUGAUUUUCUAUAAAUUUGUUGACGGUGAGAGUAUUUUUUUUAAAACUGUGAACUUUUUCAGCUUUUGGCGUCUUACUUUGGGAGCUGGCCACAUUCGGCAUGUCGCCUUAUCCUGGUGUGGACUUGACUGAGGUCUACCACUUGCUUGAAAAAGGCUACAGGAUGGAGCGACCACCUGGAACACCCCCAGAGAUCCAUACUCUCAUGCUCAAAUGUAAGCAACCCGGCCGUUAGCUAUUUUUGUAACAAUAUCAUUUUUCAAUAACGUGCAGGUUGGAAAAAGUUCAUUAAUAUUCUGUCAUUGUAGAAUUAUUUGUUUUCAAAGGAGGAUUUUUAAGUUACAAAACUUUUUUAAUCCAUGAGAAAUAAAAUUGUAUAACUAAUCUGUUGAAAGCACUGACCAUCUCUUUCAAAAUAUUUUGCAGGAAAUAUAUAGUUGCAUAUUGGGGGGGUUCGGGGGGGGGGGGGUUCCGCUUUUGUUUACAAAUUUUGAAGACAUAAAACUAAAAUAUAUGAACAUAUUAAAAUUUAAAGAUAUUGAAAUAUGAUGGUGAUUGAUUACUCCUACAGCGCUUGUGUGGGUGCUGUUUUAGCAUGCUGACAGCGCUCUGAUGUCAUAAAAUCUAUUUAGAGAAAAAAGUCUUUAAAUGUUUUUUAAAUGAUUUUUUAUCAUUUUUAAUUUCCCUCAAAGAUUGAGGCAAAUUGUUCCAUAAUUUAGGCGCUAUAGCUUCAAAAGAGUGCACUCUGUAUGACUUCUUUCUGUGUCCAUCCACACUUGGAAACCUCAGUAAGGACUGUUUUGAAGAGCGCAUUAAAGAUGAAAUAGCAUAUAUAAAGAUAUCAACCUAUUAUAUAUAUAUGAACAUAUUCAAAUAAAAAAUUUCAAGAUAUUUAACAACAUAUAUAAAGAUAUCUACCUAACAUUGAGGACUUAACUUACAUAUGCAGAAAUCAAAAUAACAUCCAGAAAUAUUCAUCUCAGAUAUUGUGCCAACACAUGUGAAGACAUUUGACCAAGACACGUGUCUUUCUUACCCUAGGUUGGCAAUGGGAACCCAAAGAUCGCCCGACCUUCAAGGAAAUCCACUUUUUGUUAGAAAACAUGUUUGAAAAGUCCAGUAUUAAUGAAGGUGAGAAUUUCAGCACCUCUUCCUUCGGAGGGUGGACAGGUAGGCCAGAUGGAUUUGAUUACCUUGACCCUCCCAGCCUUGGAGGUCACAUCAGCUCACUGUUGACCACCACAAGCCUGACCUCUGUGUCACCAUUUUACCGUUUCAGUGUCAUGUGUCCUUUGACUGGUGCCUUAUUGGCUCGGGGGGCUCAAACAGCACACAUAUAGCACAUAUCCCAUAUCAUUUUUGUUUCCAUCACAUAAAAUUUAGUUUAACAAACGUAGAAAGAAUUUGGUGUAACAAACAUAGAAAGAAUUUAGUUUAACAAACACAGAACUGCCAAAAUGACUAACACCUUCUAUACGCCUUGUAUCUUAUCCUGUAUUCAUCUUUUCAAAUCAAUUCUGCCAACAAGUAGAAUAGAAAAUAACAAAUAAUAGCUUUUUUGAUAGUUUCUAAAUGCAUUCCUUAGAGAUAUUAGAAAAACAUAGUGACCUGACAAUAAAUUCUGUGUAACAUAUAAUAGUUUGACAUUCUGUUAAUUGUUGAAGUAACUGCUGUUAUAGACUUUUGUAACAUUUCUAUGAAAAUCUAUAUUUGAAGUUUGCUUUUAGUUGUAGAAAGGUCUAACAAAGAAGCCGUUCGAACAAAAUGUCCAGAGUUAAUGUAAGAUAAUGCUUCUCUAACCAAAAUUGUGCAUGGGCAUGUGGGUUGUCCCUACCUAACAUAGGGAUUUAGGAAUGGCUGACAUGGGCAUACGGGUGGUAGCUACCUAACAUAGUGAUUUAGUCAUGCUAACAUGGGCAUGUGGGUUGUUCAUACUUAACAUAGUUAUUGAAGAAUUGUUAACUUGAUUCAAUUAAGAUCCUUUUUUUUUUAAUUAAAUUUUUUGUUAAAUCGUGUAACAUGUCAUCAUUAUCAAGUAUCUAGCAACCCUUACAGGGUAUUACAAUAAUUAUAUGAUAGAGGGGUGUGAGCUUUGAUUAUAAAUAUUUCUAUGAAGUCAUGCCCUGCAUUAUAGAUUAAUCCGAAGACAUGUUCCUCUCUUAGCUGUCAAAUAAUAAAUACAUUUUUUUAACAUUUCUUUUGGCAUUUUUAGUUUUAGGAUACCUCAAUAUUUUAACAGGUACUUACCAUCGUAACAUGUUGAUUGAAAUUCUACAAUGAAGUUGAAAUGAUGUGAGUAUUUUUUUCUCUUUGCAUUGGUUUCUUUCAGAAGUGGAAAAAGAGUUGGAGAAGACUGAGAGGAAAGCCCCAAGUUUGCCUAGCAAGAAAGGACGCAGUCAGGAGUCCCCUGAUUUUAUGAGCGAUGGUCGUAGUAGCGCAGGU